AUGGCUGUCUCUGCACCUCCCGUGAUCUCUGCAACUUCCAGCGGCGCCAGCGUCCCAGGGGGGUUAUUUCGGGCCGAACCCCCCUACUCGACCCCGGGAGAGCCCCCUCGUCUCACUCCCAAUAUGAUCAACAGUUUUAUGGCCAAUAACCACAGCAGCAGCUCCGGGAGUGGCGGGGUUGUUAGUGGCGGCAGUAUCAGCGGCAACACCAAUACCAACGAAUGCCGAAUGGUGGACAUGCACGGGGUGAAGGUGGCUUCCUUCCUGAUGGACGGGCAGGAGCUAAUCUGCCUGCCGCAAGUCUUUGAUCUGUUCCUCAAGCACCUGGUGGGAGGGCUGCACACCGUCUACACCAAGUUGAAGAGACUGGACAUAUCCCCCGUGGUGUGUACUGUUGAGCAGGUCCGGAUCCUCCGCGGGCUGGGGGCCAUUCAGCCUGGGGUGAACCGCUGCAAACUUAUCACCAGGAAAGACUUCGAAACUUUGUUCACCGAUUGCACCAAUGCCAGAAGGAAGAGGCAAAUGACAAGAAAACAAGCUGUUAACAGUUCAAGACCUGGAAGACCCCCUAAGCGUUCUUUAGGAGUGUUGCAGGACAAUACUCGCCUCCUGCCCCAUGCAGUUCCAGGCCUCUUAUCACCAGGACUGAUAACACCAACAGGUAUAACAGCAGCAGCAAUGGCUGAGGCCAUGAAGUUGCAGAAAAUGAAACUCCUGGCUAUGAACACUCUUCAGGGAAAUGGAAGUCAAUAUGGGAUAGAAUCAGAACCUGAUGAGCUUAAUUCAAAUACAGGUGGCAGUGAAUCAUCCUGGGAUAAAGAUAAGAUUCAGUCUCCUCUUGCUUUGCCUAUACCCCAACAUGGAAUUUCUCAUGGACAGCAGGGCCUUGGGGUUGCUUCUACUCUCAGUCCACUGCAGCAGAACCAUCUGUUGACAAAUAGACUGGAUCUGCCAUUUAUGAUGAUGCCUCAUCCUCUACUUCCAGUCAGCUUACCUCCUGCAUCAGUUGCCAUGGCAAUGAAUCAGAUGAACCAUCUUAAUACUAUUGCCAACAUGGCUGCUGCAGCCCAGAUUCACAGUCCACUAUCCAGAGCUGGGGCCUCUGUUAUAAAGGAACGAAUCCCUGAGAGUCCUUCUCCGGCUCCCUCUCUGGAAGAGAGUCAACGUCCUGGGAGUCAGACUUCCUCCCAUCCAAGCAGCAGUGUGUCAAGCUCCCCUUCGCAGAUGGAUCACCAUUCAGAGAGAAUGGAGGAGAUACCAGUUCCAGUGAUGAAGCCACCCCUGGACAAGAUACAAUUGGCUCCUGGACAGGCGCUGCCUGCGGGGUUCCCUGGAGCAUUCAUUCUUGCUGAUAGUCUGUCCUCCGUGGAGACUCUGUUGACUAACAUUCAGGGUCUGCUGAAAGUGGCUUUGGAUAAUGCUCGCAUCCAGGAAAAACAGAUUUUGCAAGAAAAGAAGGAACUGCGGAUGGAGCUCUACCGAGAAAGAGAAAUUAGAGAAAAUCUGGAAAGACAACUUGCAGUUGAGCUUCAAAGCAGAACUGCUAUGCAAAAGCGCCUGAAGAAGGAGAAAAAAGCCAAGAGAAAAUUGCAGGAAUCUUUGGAUUUUGAAUCCAAGCGCAGAGAACAAGUAGAGCAUGCACUUAAGCAAGCUACUACUGGUGACAGUGGCCUGAGGAUGUUGAAAGAUACUGGAAUUCCAGAUAUUGAAAUAGAAAACAGUGGGACUCCUCACGAUAGUGCUGCUAUGCAAGGUGCAUCUCUGAGAACAACUUCUGAAUGUGUUCAGGUGAUCAAACAAUGA